AUGUCUAAUAAGGUCGACUAUGAAAAACUGGGACGGCAAAGUUGGGACGAACUGACUGAAGUGGAGAGAUAUCUAUUGGAAACUCAACUUGUUUUACGUGGUUUGAAUACAAAUUCAGUUUCAGAACAUUAUGAUUAUCAGGAGGGAGAGUAUGACGAGAUUUCGAAGCAUUCUAGUGAAAAAAACAAUGAUGAAGCUACAGACUCUGAAGAAGACAGCGCCGAGGACUCAGAAGAAGACGAGGAGGAGAAUACUGUAUUGGAUGGAGCUGUUGAGGAGAGUGAAGGGAUUGAUGACGAUAUUAACGGUAAAGACAAAAAUGACGGAAGCAACGAAAACCAAUCGAAAGAGGAAAAUGAUGAAAGCGAAGAUUCUGAACAAGACAGCUCCGAGGAUUCAGAUGAAGAUCUACCCCAGAAACAUUCAGAAACUAGCCAUCACUACAAUAACAGAAGAAGAAUCGGAGGGAGAGCUGCUCGUGUUUGGAACACGAGACAGUAA